ACGCAGCACGGUUCAUGCACACCGUCCCCGCAGUCUCCCGCACACAGCCGCUACCUGCCAGGCGGAAUGGACGUCUCCCCCUGGACCCCGAGCUUCAUCCUCAGCCCAGCGGAGCCGCGGCAGAAGCCAGGCCCGACAUGACAGCUCCGGACCGGGACAGGAAAGCUCGCCCGCCGCCGCGGCUCCGCGCCCGGCCGGAGGCGGCGUGGGCUGCGGGGCGCUACGCGGUACUCGUCGCCCUGUGCGCCCUCUGCUACGGAAACUCUCUCCACGGGGAGCUGGUGCACGACGAUGUGUGGGCGAUCAUCAACAACCCGGACGUCCGACUGGGAUCCAGCCUCGGAAACAUCUUCAGCAACGACUUCUGGGGGAAGAGGAUGGCGGACAACACGAGCCACAAGUCCUACAGACCUCUGUGCAUCCUCACCUUCAAGUUGAACAUCCUGCUGGGCGGCAUGACUCCCCUCUUCUUCCACCUCGUCAACGUGUGUCUGCACUGUGCCGUCACCUGCCUGCUCAUGCACACUUGCGAACGCUGUACCUUCGAAGACUCUCGCCUGGCCUUCGUCACGGCGCUCUUCUUCGCCGUGCACCCCGUCCACACGGAGGCGGUGUCUGGGAUCGUGGGCAGGGCUGACGUCUUGGCCUGUCUGCUGUUCUUGCUGACGUUCCUCUCCUACAUCAGGAGUGUGGGGGCGAGCGUCUCCGAGGACUCCUUCCCCCCCACCGUGUCUCCGUGUUGCCUCCUCGUCAGCUUGUUGCUGGGUACCUGUGCCAUGCUGGUGAAGGAGACGGGCGUCACCGUGUUCGGCGUGUGCGUACUGUACGACGCCCUGGUGCUGUGCCGCCGACCACUCAUCCACCACCUGUCCAGCUCCAGACUCAGGGACCUCCUCCACAUCUGCAGCCCCCUCAUCAAACGAGCCUGCCUUAUCUCGGCCUUUGUGGUGAUCAUCAUGACGGUCAGACUGUGGCUGAUGGGAGGAUCCAUGCCUCUCUUCUCUGAGCAGGAUAACCCCGCCUCCUUUUCACCUCACCUGCUCACCAGGAUCCUGACCUACUCAUACCUGCUCUCCUUCAACGCCUGGCUGCUGCUGGCCCCUGUCGUGCUAUGUUAUGACUGGCAGGUGGGAAGCAUCCCCCUGGUGGAGUCGCUGGGUGACGUUCGUAGCGUUGCAACGGUGCUGCUGGCCGUGGUGAUGCUGGCUCUCUGCCUGCACUGCGUCUUCUCUUUGCAGAGACAGGAGAGCAGGGAGGUGCUCGUGGGUUUGCUGUUCCUGGUGUUUCCCUUCAUCCCCGCCAGCAACCUGUUCUUCAGGGUCGGCUUCGUCGUGGCUGAGAGGGUUCUCUACAUGCCCAGUAUGGGUUACUGCGUCCUGGUGGCUCACGGUCUGGGCCGGCUGUGUUCGGUGGUGGGUCGUUGGGGCACCACGGUCCUCAGCGUCUCCACGCUGCUGCUGCUCCUCCUCUUCUCCUGGAAAACCGUCCAGCAGAACCACGUCUGGCUCUCCAGGGAGGCCCUUUUUCGCUCUGGUAUCCAGACUCUGCCUCACAAUGCCAAAGUCCACUAUAACUACGCCAACUUCCUGAAGGACAGCGGGCGGCACGAGGAGGCCAUCCACCACUACACCACCGCCCUCAGGUUGUACCCCCGUCACGCCAGCGCCAUGAACAACCUCGGCACUCUGACCCGUAGCCCUGAGGAGGCAGAGCGCUACUACAGGAAAGCUCUGGAAACCAACCCUCAGCACAACCGAGCUCUGUUUAACCUGGGAAACCUCCUCAAGUCCCAGGGAAAGGAGAAGGAGGCUGAGACUCUACUGAGGGAUUCGAUACGGUUCGGCCCACAUUUUGCCGACGCCUAUUCCAGCCUGGCUUCUCUCUACGCCGAGCAGAAACGCUUUGCUGAAGCCAAUGAAGUGUACCUCAAAGGUAUAGAGAACUGUCCAGACAGCUCCGACCUCCAUAAUAACUACGGAGUGUUUCUGGUGGAUACAGGGGAAGGUGAGCUAGCAGCGGCUCAUUACCAGCAAGCUGUGAGACUCAAACCUGCACACUAUGUUGCCAUGGUGAACCUGGGCCGGCUGCUUAGAUCGUCCAAUGAGAACAAAGAAGCCGAGUCCUGGUACAAAAGAGCACUGCAGGUGACGAGGAAGGUGGACAUUCUGACUCCACUUGGCGCUCUGUACUAUAACACGGGGCGCUAUGAGGAGGCUCUGCAGGUAUACCGAGAGGCCGCCGCCCUGCAGCCAAACAGUGCCGACAUCUGGCUGGCUCUAGCUCAGGUCUUAGCCAUGGCCGGUCGAACCAAAGAGGCAGAGAGGAUGACGCAGGACAUCAUCUCCAGAGAGGGCAGCUGUAUCGAAUGUUACCGCCUCCUGUCUGCCAUCUACAGCAAGAGAAGAAACUACACAGAGGCCCUGGAUGCUCUGGACCGGGCCCUGCAGCAGAAUCCCAGCGAUCUGACGGUGAGAGCAGAGCUAUAUUUCUCCAAAGGAAACCAGCUGAGAGAGAUGAACCAGCUGGACCGAGCCUUCCAGAGCUACAAGCUGGCUGUGGAGCUCAAACCAGACCAGUCUCAGGCCUGGAUGAACAUGGGAGGGAUUCAGCACAUUAAGGGGGACUAUGCAGCAGCCAGGAUGUACUACCAGAGAGCCCUGCUCCUGAGUCCUGGGUCCAAACUCCUGAAGGAAAACCUCGCCAAGCUGGACCGGCUGGAGCGGAAACUGACUGGUGGAGCGUAGACCACCAUGAUCCACCAGGCGCUCUCUAUCCUGGGCGGGGAGAUCGGUAUGGAGCAGGGUCACCGUCCGGCUCAGCCCUCUGGGGCCAAAAGACAAGCCGCCGGCCCACUUGGUGUAAUGAACUGUCGGCCUGUCAGAGCAGAGGAGCCGGACUGAAGAGACCGCUCCGGCCAGAGAAACAUUUACCAGGGCCGCAGAGAGAAGGAGGCGGCUGAUCGAGGAGCCUGUCUGCCUCCGUGCACACACACACACACGCACGCACGCACACACACACACACACACACACUUAGUGACAGAUUAUAAGUCGGCCCUUCUUCAUGUGUUUAUGUCCCUGCAGUGAAAGGGUGUGAACAUGUUUUUCUUAUGAAGGGAACGAGCUCCGAUGUUCAUACGUGACCUCUGGAGACAACAGAGAUCAAACCUUCUCUCGAGGCCAUCGUUCAAACUUCCAACCAAUCAGAGCAGAGGAAAGGAAGGAUGCCACGACAUCAUCACAUUUUCCGUUUCUAUGCAAAGUCAACAACUUCAUUUGACGUUCGACAACAUUUUGUCAUUUCAAAAUAAAAGCAACUUGAAAUUGGCAAAAAAAGCGAUUAUCCUGGAUAUUUUCAGUCAGAAAAAUCAUUGUAAUAUGAUACAUUUCAUACAUUCGACAUCAGCUAAAAUAUUUAGAUUAAGACUGAUAAGAGAAAACCUCAAAUUGUGUUCCUGCCAAUCACAACUAAAUCUGAUUUAGAGUGUCAAAAUAAAACCACUAGAAAUUUUGCAUUUUUUCAAUGAUUUCUCUAAUUGAAAAUAUCCAGGAUGAACGCUGAUUUUUUGCUGAUUUCAAGUUGCUUUUAUUUUGAAAUUACACGCCAGAAUCAGCUGUGAUUAGCUCGAUUACAUUGUGAGGUUGUUCUCUAUGGAUCACGUGUCAUCCUGAUGUCAUCGGUAAAACAAUAAAUCGUGCAGCCCUAGUGCCGACCGUCUGUUUUCAGAAACGCCUCGUGUAUUUGAUGAGUUCAGAUGCUCAUGCAGCAUGUAGAGGAAAUAGUUCAACACUUUUAUUUUAACCCCUCCCGGAGUCUGUAAAUCUGUCAGAUUAUAUGUCCUAUUAGAAGACUCAUAACAGCCUCCUCCUCCUCCUCCUCAGACCGAAACCACGUUGGAGGCCCUGAUACGAAGAGCCAUCUGCAGAUGUGAUGAGCUUGUGUGCGCCUGUGAGCAUCUUGCGUACGUUAGCCUCUGAUGGUCGCUGUUCGGUCACUUGUUGUGGUUUCGUUGACAGUGAUGUUGAUUGUGAAAGAGUUUUGCUGUGGAUGAAAAUGAAGUGACGAGUGUGAUGACUGAGUCGCACCAAGAAAAUAAAGUAUAUGUUUUUAUUAAA